CCGCCUCCCCAAACGAUGCCGCCUCCGCCUCCGUCUUCCCGUCUCCUCGCCCUCCUCUCCGCGCGCCGCCCGCCGCCCCCGCUCCGCCGCCUCCUCCAGAUCCACGCCCACCUCCUCGCCGCCGGCCUCCUUCAAGACUUCUCCUCCCUCCUCGCCGCCGCCUACGCGCUCUCCACCACCGCCACCGCCACGGACGCCCGCACCUCGCCGCCCUCCCCGCUCCGCCACGCGCUCGCGCUCCUCUCCUCGCUCCCGGCCUCCGCCUACAACGCCGCCAUCCGAGCACUCUCCCUCUCCGACGACGGCGACCGCCAUGGCCACGGCGUCGUCCGCCGCUGCCUCCCGCUCUACCGCGCCCUCCUCCGCUCCGGGACCGCGCGCCCCGACCACCUCACGUUCCCGUUCCUGCUCAAGGCCUGCGCGCGCCUGCGGGAGUGGGGAUACGGCGACGCGGCCCUCGCGCACGUCCUCCGCCUCGGCCUCGACUCCGACGUCUUCGUGGUGAACGCGGCCACGCACUUCCUAUCGAUCCGCGGGCCCAUGGAGGACGCACGCAGGCUGUUCGACCGAAGUCCUGUGAGGGACUUGGUGUCGUGGAACACGCUGAUCGGAGGGUACGUGCGGCGGGGGAACCCAGCGGAGGCGCUGGAGCUGUUCUGGAGGAUGGUGGCAGAGGAUGCAGUGGUGAGGCCUGAUGAGGUCACGAUGAUCGCGGCUGUGUCGGGGUGUGGGCAGAUGCGUGACCUGGAGCUUGGGAGGCGGCUUCAUGGGUUCGUGGAUAGUGACGGAGUGAGUUGCACUGUGAGGCUGAUGAAUGCGCUGAUGGAUAUGUACAUCAAGUGUGGCAGUUUAGAGAUGGCAAAGUCUGUGUUCGAGAGGAUCGAGCACAGGACAGUUGUCUCUUGGACGACGAUGAUCGUGGGGUUUGCCAAGUUCGGAUUGAUGGACGAUGCACGUAAAGUGUUUGAUGAGAUGCCUGAAAGGGAUGUGUUCCCAUGGAAUGCACUCAUGACCGGUUAUGUGCAGUGUAAGCAGUGCAAGGAGGCCCUUUCCUUGUUUCAUGAGAUGCAGGAAGCAAGUGUGGUGCCUGAUGAGAUCACAAUGGUCAAUCUUCUAACUGCUUGUUCGCAGCUCGGAGCAUUAGAAAUGGGGAUGUGGGUUCACCGGUACAUUGAGAAACAUCGCCUUGUAUUUAGUGUUGCGCUUGGCACAUCUCUCAUUGACAUGUACGCUAAGUGUGGAAACAUUGAGAAAGCUAUCCACAUUUUCAAAGAAAUUCCCGAGAAAAAUGCACUCACAUGGACAGCAAUGAUAUGUGGUCUAGCAAAUCAUGGACAUGCCAAUGAGGCCAUAGAGCACUUCCGGACAAUGAUAGAGCUUGGACAGAAGCCAGAUGAGAUUACGUUUAUAGGUGUUCUUUCAGCAUGCUGUCAUGCUGGUUUGGUGAAAGAAGGUCGGGAAUUUUUCUCUCUGAUGGAGACAAAAUAUCAUCUUGAGAGGAAAAUGAAACAUUAUUCAUGUAUGAUAGACUUACUAGGCAGGGCAGGCCAUUUAGACGAAGCAGAGCAGCUAGUAAACACUAUGCCUAUGGAACCUGAUGCAGUAGUUUGGGGUGCUAUCUUCUUUGCUUGUAGGAUGCAAGGUAAUAUCUCUCUUGGAGAAAAGGCAGCAAUGAAAUUGGUAGAAAUUGAUCCUAGUGAUAGUGGAAUCUAUGUGCUACUGGCUAAUAUGUAUGCAGAAGCGAACAUGAGGAAGAAGGCUGACAAAGUCAGGGCUAUGAUGAGACAUUUGGGAGUGGAGAAAGUUCCUGGGUGUAGCUGCAUUGAGUUGAAUGGUGUGGUUCAUGAAUUUAUCGUGAAGGACAAGUCACAUAUGGAUAGUCAUGCUAUUUAUGACUGCUUGCAUGAGAUCACCCUACAAAUAAAGCAUACUGCAGAUUUGCUUAGCAUUUCUGCGGCUGGUGCGGUGUAGUGUUCUGUUGGCUGGAACAGCUGGCUGAGCUGUGCAAGAUGAUAUGUGCAGUUGUGAUGCACAAUUCACAGAUGCAGGAACUCGAUCAUGCUGAUUUGUGCUGGUUUGCCAGGCCAUGUUCUGAGAAGGGUAUACUUCAUGUUGAUUACUAUCUGAGGCAUUCCCCGAGAAUUUUCUGGUCGUUCUUUUGCAGCUUGAUGUCAAUGGAAACAAUAUGUUCCACUACAUAUUGCAAAGUUCUUGUAUGCUCUUUACUCAACCCUCACGUGCGGAGCACUUCCUGGGCCUAUAAAUCAUACAUGAUGUUGUCGUAUUGGAUGUGAAUGUGGUGGCGUGUUCAGUGCCUUGGAUUUGAGUUUGAUGAGAGUUGCUUCUGGGUCACCACUCACCAUUAUCGAUGCUCCUCUUCAGCAUAAG